AUUAGUUCUGCAAUGGGUCGAAUGUUGCCAGCGCCAACAUAUGCAUUGUGUUGCAUUGCCUAAGCAUAAUAGAUAGCAAUUAAGUAACAGUUUGAAAUGCAUGCAUACUUUUUUUUUUAACCGGGUCUGUCAGACAUUACGUGCUUUGUGUUGUUGCUGUUCUGUAUUCUGGCCGACGCUGCCUGCGGGGAGAGGGCAUGGAUGGAGUAAACAUCGCACACACUACGGUGUGUUUUCCGUCAGGAGCAGCUGGUCGUUGUGUACAGAAAUGAGCGUGUGUCUUCAUAGUGUCGUGUUUGUAUUGGAUUAUGAUAACUGGUUUGCUAGUAUGUUGACGCUACAGGAAAAUCACCCCGGUUCAACACACCCCAAAACACUGUCGCCAGACUCACAUGACAGGCUCAAACCCAAGCCAACCUGCACUGCACUGGUAAACCAGCCGUCACUGUGGCUGAAAAGGGCAGCUAGGAAGAAGGGGAAUAAGAAGGGAAAGACCCUGACUUUGACCGACUUCCUUGCUGAUGACAAGGGAGGGAAUGCUCCCCCUAGUUACCCCCCCGCCAAGACCCAUAGCAGCUGGGCGGAUGAAACGGAUGACCUGGAAACCGAGGUGUCCACAUCCUGGCACACUGAGGACGAUGUGUACCGCGCCCCGGCCAUCGACCGUUCCAUCCUGCCCACCGCGCCCCGCUCAGCCCGGGAGCCCAACGUGGACCGCUCUCGUAUCCCCCGUGGCCCUCCCUACACCGCCUUCCUGGGCAACCUGCCCUACGAGGUCACGGAGGACUCCAUCAAGGACUUCUUCAGGGGCGUGGGGAUCAGCGCAGUGCGUCUUCCUAGAGAGCCCAGUAACCCAGAGCGACUGAAGGGUUUUGGUUAUGCUGAGUUUGAUGAUGUGGAAUCCCUCCUGAGUGCCUUGAGUCUAAAUGAAGAGAACUUAGGAAACAGAAGGAUCCGUGUGGAUAUUGCAGAUCAGUCCAAUGAUAAAGGAAGGGAUAAUCAUUCCAUGGGGGGUGGGCGAGAGAGGGACCGCGGCGGGGACUUUGGCCCAGACAAGACCGACUCAGACUGGAGGGCACCGCGGCCCAGCGGAGGAGACGGCGACACCGGGCCACCUCGCAGAGAGGAGGCCUUUGGAGACCGGUCGCGUGACCGCCACGAGUCAGACCGGCCCAGGGGAGAAGAGCGCUAUGCGGCGGGCCAGGACAGGUUUAGGGAGCGCUACGACGACCGGGAUCGCAGAGACGACAGAGGAGGUGGUUCUGACUCCCGCAGCGCUGGUGGCGGACGUAGGACGUUCGGAGCAGGCUACAGGCGCGACGAGGGAGGGCCGGACGGUUACCGGCGGGAUGACUUCAGACGGGAUGACUUCAGACGGGAUGACUACCGGCGGGAUGACUACCGGCGCGAUGACUACCGGGGUAGUGGGGACCGCUACGGAGACCGCGGCGGGGACCGGUACGAGAGACGGGAUGAAAGCCGCGAGGACAGAGGUGCGGUGGAGAGGCCACGGCUGGUCCUGAAGCCCCGCAGCGUACCCAAGGAGACGGAGCAGAGCGGCGCCUCGUCAGCCCCCUCGGGCAGGGCCGCCUCCAUUUUCGGUGGGGCCAAGCCUGUUGACACGGCAGCCAAGGAGAGAGAGGUAGAGGAGAAGCUGAAGAGGGAACAGGAGAAACUUCAGCGACAGCUAGAGGACAGAUUCCCAGACCGCAAGCCCAGAGAGAGGCACCCCAGCUGGCGCAGUGAGGAUCAACCCCCAGGACGCUCUCGGACCGGCAGUGAGUCCUCCCAGCCUGGCCGAGCCUCCAAGCGCCGGGAGAGUGAGCGCUCCGUGGAGAGCGGUCGUGAGGAGGAGCCCUCCUCCCCCGUCACCCAGCCCUCCCUGCCCAAACAGGACAUUCCGCCCCUGAAGGUGGUGCUCGCCCCGCCCCCCAAGGAGAACGCCUGGACCAAGAGGACCACGCCCGCUAGAGGGUCAAGUCAGGGCGAGGUCCGCAGUGACACACUCCCACAUUUCAACAGCUCCUCGACUGACCGCGAAGUGCCUCGGUCGGACAAACAAGCGGUCGAGCUCAGGGAAUAGGCGGGAGGCACUGUUGUGCCGUAAUGGACGCAGACCCACGUGAUCAAUAGGAGCGGAGGGAGGUUGAUUGCAGAAGGGAAGAAGGUUGGAUGAUGUAACGGACGAGUUCUCUGCUCUGCACAAACAAAAACAAAAAAACCUGGCUGGAGCGACAAAAGCUCCCCCGCCUGCUACCCUGCUUAAAGAGAACGCCACCCCCAAGGCCGAGCUUCAGCUUCAGGACUCUUACUCCUCCAGGUACACAAACGCUGGAACGGCGUCAGAUCGGAGAGAGUGACAGGAGGUCCAAUUCAAGUCAUUACAACUGUUUUAUAAAGGAGGGGUUAAAAAAUAAUAAUAAGUAAGACCAAGCAAACCAAUCGCUACAGGUGCUGUUAGAUUUGUCACCAAUCGCCAGUCUUGAUCCUAGACUAUGUCGGCCAUCUGAGCUUCCUAUGCCUGGUCAUGCUAUUGCUGGAGUGCCGGUCUUAGAGAGGGAUAGGUCAACGUUUUAAAAAGAAAAACCAGACAAAACAGUCCCCUGUUUUAGGGGUCUGCUGUCACACAUUCACUUUCUUUUUUUACCACAAUGAGGGGAUGUCAUGUUUGGGUUCCGCUGGUCAUCGUCUGUCGUUAGCUGGUUCCUUUCCGGCCCCUGUCCAAAUACAGCGUCAGUGGCUUCCAGCUUCCUCUCCAGAAAGGAAGUGCUUCUUCUCAUUGUCUCAUCCGGACCUGCCCGGGUGUCAACGCCUAGGCAGCCAUGUCACGGAAAACCAUGUGAACCGUGUCGUGACCACAUUGGAGGCGUGAUCCUCACUUAUUCUCAUCCAAGGACUGGAGUUUGCGGAAUAUCUGUUGGAGUUGCUGUAUGUUUGUGUGUAUGUAAACCGACUAACACGUGUUAUUGACCAGGAAGAUGCCAUUAAAUGUUUCUGGAUGGA